AUGAAGCUUUACCAAGUCACCGCCGUCCUGGCCUUCAUCUCCACUGGUGUCCUUGCGACUCCUUCUGGCUACGACAAGGACAACAAGUCCCCUGAGAAGCACGGUGAUGACAACUAUCCCGGCAAGAAGGGAGAUGAUGACUAUCGCCCUGGCAAGGGAUAUGGCAAUGAAUAUGAUGAAGAAUAUGGACCUGGAGGUAAAAGAUACAACGGCAAGGGCCGUGGAGACAAAGGCAAGAAGUACGAAUGGGACAUUGAACGUUGUGAUUGGUGCCCCUACAAUUCCAAGAGCUGGAAUGGAUACGAACCCAAGGGUCGUGGCUACAAGCGUCCCUGCCCCGAAGACAAGAAGAAGUGCCAGAAGUACGACCACGACUACUCUAAGGCCACUUACUCAGGGUACUUCAGCGAGUCCCAGAAGUGCUCCAAGGGCGACGACUACAAGGUCACUGGCAAGGUCGGCGCCUGCAGUGGUUACGGCAAGGCCCAAUGCCUGAUUGUCCAGUACGAAGACUGGGAGAAGUGGUCUGACAAGAUCGCCUACCUCGGCCUCUACUCGUACAAGAAGGAGGGCCUCAAGGACAAGAAGUACCUCAACUUCAACAAGUACUGCAAGAAGAACAAGUGCGUUGUUCCUGUCGAGAAGGUCCCCGGUUACCCCAAGUUCAAGGACAGUGUCUGGGUUGGAAUCGACGAUAACCAGUGCCGCGAGGACUACAAGAAGGGCGGAAAGGUCUACCCUCGUGGUCGAUACGAAGAGGUCAAGUAUCUCAAGCUCGACAUUGAGGCCAAGUACUCCAAGAAGUGCGCCGAGUUCUGCUGCUGCGCUUAG